AAGCGUUGCAGCUUCCAAAUUCAAUCAACUUUCUUUUUUUCUCCCUGUUUGCCUCUUCUAAUCCUUUUGCUUCGCUCGUCUGUCUUUCCGCUCACCUCUUUUUCGAUGUCCGAUAGGAGGAUGAUAAUAGAGCAUAUCGCUAUCCUUAUAUCUCGCUAAUUAGAUUUUCACGCUGCAAAGCGUUGACACAGGCGUGUCAUUUUAUCUACUGCUCGCCGUUGUCUUUCUUUUUGGGCCGCUGUGAGGCUCAGUUGACUCCUUGGAAUCAUCGCCACCCUAGACGUGUCACACAGAGAGAGGUGUAACUGGCAAAUUCAGCUCUUGAUAUGCGUCAACCAUAAUCAAAUCACAUCUCUCCCCAAAAGUGAACUCUUUAUUGAAUUUAUGCGCAAGACAAACAUUCUCAAGAUAUCAGCAACGCUGAACCAUGGAAAAAGAAGGCACAUCUGCGGGUAUACCGCCAGAUUAUGCUCCUAGAGAGCGUGAGAGGCACACGAUGGAACCACCACAAAGGAAUACCGCAGAUACGGAUAGUGAUUUCCAGUCCAUAUCACCUGAGGACCGUCCACCUCAAGCAUUUGAAGGAAAAGAUGAAGAAUGUCGCCAUUCCUCUUCUUCGGGCACAAACCGCGAUACUGCGGUUGUGGUGCCGAGGCCAAAUCGCAGAGGACUCUUUGGGCAAUUCACGCUCCUGGCUGAAGUUGAAAACCCGAAGACUUAUUCUCGGAAGAAGAAAUGGUUCAUCACUUUCAUUGUUGCGUGGGCAGGAGCCACAGCCCCGAUGGGAAGCGCAAUACUCUUUCCUGCCCUCUCUCAGGUCACCAAAGAGUUGAGCUCGACAACCACGGUGGCGAACCUUAAUAUAUCUUUGUACAUGCUUAGUAUGUCAAUUUUUCCAUUAUGGUGGUCAUCUUUUAGUGAACGGCUGGGGCGACGGACGAUAUACCUUGCAUCCUUUUGCCUCUUCGUGGUAUUCAAUGUACUCUGUGCUAUUUCCAAAUCGAUGGCCAUGCUUAUUGUCAUGCGGAUGCUCAGUGGUGGGGCUUCAGCUUCGGUCCAAGCGGUCGGAGCAGGGACAAUCGCGGACCUAUGGGAAUCUCAAGAGAGAGGCCGUGCGAUGGGAAUAUUCUACCUUGGCCCAUUAUGCGGUCCGUUGGUGGCUCCUAUAGUUGGGGGUGCUUUGGCUCAACGGUGGAAGUGGAGGAGUACGUUAUGGUUCCUAGCAGCUUAUGGAGGCAUAACCGUCGCGUUCAUAUUUCUCGCCCUCCCAGAGACGUUGAUAUCAGCGAAGUCCCCUAGUCCCAAUACAAGUAGCGAGCAACAGGAACCGAUUGGGCGUCGGCUGAGCCGAGUCUCUUCCAGGCAGGUUGUGGGGUUCACCACAAAGUGGCUGAAGGUCCUCAAGAUGGCUCUCAUCGAUCCUCUGAAAAUUGUGCUUUAUCUUCGAUACCCACCAGUCUUACUAACGGUAUACUACGCGAGUAUCACUUUUGGCUCUCUUUAUGUGUUGAAUGUCAGUGUUGAACACACUUUCGGGAGCGAUCCAUACAACUUCACUACGAUCCUUGUCGGACUGCUCUAUAUCCCAAACUCUUUGGGCUAUGUUGUAGCCAGUACAUUUGGAGGACGAUGGAUGGACAAUAUCAUGCAGCGGGAAGCCAAGAAGGCACAAAGAUACGAUGAGAAUGGCAAUCUAAUCUACCACCCCGAAGACCGCAUGCGUGAGAAUGCCUGGCUGGGUGCUCUUUUGUAUCCUGCUGCGUUGAUUUGGUAUGGCUGGACCGCAGAUCGGGGUGUAUUUUGGCUUGCGCCGAUGAUUGCAAAUUUUUUCUUUGGCAUAGGAUCCAUGCUUAUUUUUAGCAUGGCAACGACGAUGUUGACGGAAUUUAUGCCCAAGAAGGCUUCCUCGGGGGUUGCACUGAAUAACUUCAUGCGGAACAUCUUCUCCUGUGUCGGUUCUUUGGUAACAGCUCCUAUCAUUGACGCCAUUGGUAACGGAUGGUUGUUUACUAUACUGGGGAUUGUUGCCUUUCUAAGCAGCUCUGUUCUGUUCGCGAUGAAGGUCUUCGGGCCUCGCUGGAGAAAGUCAAUGGAUGCACUCAGGCAUUGACAAGAUUCAUGGAGUCCAGCUGUCUAAUUGUGGGCCUUGAGAAGGCGUGGCAUUCUAGAACUUUCCAAAAGAUUAUUCUUCUUCUCUUGUCCAUUGUCAUGUUGGGCUGUUGGUAUGCAUUGUCAUAAACAUGGUAUGCAUUCUGUAUUUAGCAGCUACUUUUUUU